AUGUACGCUGAUCUCAUGGAGAAUGGAGGGCGGAGGUCCGUGAAGGAGCGCCUUAAUGGGAAUGGUACUAGUGGUCUUACUCGGCUGUUAGGUUUUGAAUUCGGUUGUGGUUUCGCCAUUAUUGUUGUUUCUGCUGCUGAAUUCGAGGGUACAAGUUCUUUUGUGAAGGAUACCCUAUAUAACUUAAAGGAGAAAUUGUGGUUUAACUUAAAAGAUGAAAGGCUCCAGAUUGAAAGCAACGGUGGAGGCAAGGUGGCCCCAACAAGCAUGCAAGAUCUGAGGUGUCAGAGUGCUAAAAAUGCUUCUUCUGGCCGUGCACACCAGAUAGGUAGCACUAGUAAGGAGGUGAAGGUGAAGAGAGGGAAAAGGACAGUUGCUAAACCAUCAAAAAGUUUGAGCUUCAGUGACCUUGAGUUGCAGAGGAAGAAGAGAGUUGUUGGCUAUAAAAUAUAUGCUGCAGAAGGAAAAAUGAAAGGCUUUCUAAGAAAGAGUUUCAGGUGGAUCAAGAAUACAUACACUCAAGCUCUCUAUGGAUGGUGGUGA